AGGGCGACGCGACACGAGAACGGAUCUUCUUGAUUUACAUAAGCGCCUGAAAGGAGGGUGCAAAAAGGACCCAGCCAGGCUCCUUCCCGCCGUGCCCAGUGACGGGACCAGAGGCUGUGGGCACAAACUGACACGUGGGAGGUUCCCUCUGAAAUCAGAAUGCCCUUUCUCACUCUCAGGGUGACCAGGCACUGGCCCAGGUUGCUCAGAGAAGGGUCUCCCUCCUUGGACACACUCAAAAGUCAACCUGCUGUAGGUGGCCCUGCUUGAACAGAGGCUUGGACAAGCUGGUUUCCAGAGGUCGUGUCCCACCUCAACCACUAUGAUUCUGUACGGAGUUUCUUUAGGGCAAAUUAUUUACUAGUAAGCUGUGGUGUUUUAGGUGGUGCUAGAUAUUUGUGCUUUAUUGCACUGAGGUACACAGGCCUGAGUAGCUACAGAAGUCCUUUCUGGCAGUGCACUCUAGGGCACAGCGUCUAGGCUGGCAUGCUGGACCGGUCUCCCUCUGCCUUUCCCAGGUCACUGUGUAGACCCCACUGUUUCAGUUACCAUGGUUGAAUGCAGCCUGUCUGAGUGGGCAUCUGGCUACCAUGACUCUGAUAGAGUCCUAGUAGUGGUGGGAGCUCUUGGUCUUGACAGCUGGAACUUGCAUCAGCCCUAAUGAUGGAAGAAAAGUAGAAGAGGAGUUGCAGGAAAAACAUCCCCUGGAAGUGUGUAUUUGGGCAAUAGUGGUUGUGGUUUCUGCUGUCCCUGUCUGUCAGAUUUGCAGAAGAGAGGGAUGAGGAACGGGCAGUGACCUUGCUGCAUGGGAAGGGCCAGUGGAGCAGAGAAAUGAGAAGCUGCUGGAGAAGCCCAUGUGCUGCCCCUCCAGGGCUCUGUCAGCUGGAGGGGAGGUGCAGGAGUUUAGUCCAGCCGUCUGCUCAGUUGCAGGUGGGUGGGUGAGAGAAAAGCCCUACACAGAGUAUUUUCUAGAACAAUGGAAAUGUCCAGACCGAGGUCAGGGGCCCAGUGGUUCCUCAGGAGUGUGAUGUUUUUCAGUCACUACUCAGACCGGUUGUCCCUUCAGGGCAGGUAGGUUUGGGCAAACUGCUUACUAUCUGAGCAUUUCGAAGUUAAAUUCGGGCAGGGAUAGGAUGAGGUGAGUGAGGAAUGGACUCUGAAAGAUUUUCAGUGCCCUGUCCCAGAAAGCAUGUCUCUUGGGCUGUGUACUCCAGUUUGCCUUGAAGGGAGGGCAUAUACAGAGAAUGUCUGAGGGUGUUGGGCAUGGGGGGAAUAAAUGAUGGCGGUGGCUGCCUUGUAAAACAUUCCUGCUUGAAGCAGCUGGCUGGAGGAUCUGUCUUGGAGUGGUGAGUCCUAGUAUUGUGCAUUGUUGCUUGGCAAAAUUCUUAUCUCAGUCUUCCAGUAUGGAUGUGGCUCAUUCCCUGUAGCUCUGGGGACAUGUUAUCUGGAUGUGUGUCAGAGGUUUGCUGGUGCUACCUCGGUCUGCGCCCUCUGAACCUCUUGGCGCAGCUGCCUCCGUGCUGCUAAGACUUUUCCAAAGGAAUGAGUAGCCAGUUGUUGUGGCCCCACACAGCCUAUCUACAGUGGCCUUUGCAACAUAAAGGUGGUCGUGGUAUGGUGAUGCCAGCCCUCGGAGAAGCCUGGAAUUUCACCUCUGACAGUUGCACCAAGAAAUGGCUCCAGGAUAAAUCAUGUUUGGUGUUAACUUUUCCUCUGUCCCCACCUUGGGUCUUAGUUCUUGUGUAAAGCUGCAGCAUUUCUGGGGCAUGCAGCCAGUCUGUGGUGCAGCAUCUGAGUCAACUGCUGUUUUCAGUAUUGCUAACCUGAGCAUUCAGAUACUUUGAGUCAAGUUAAAAGCCGAUUACUUUAAAAAUAGUGCAUUGUGGGUUCUGUCCGUGUGUCCUCUGGUAUAAAAUCCUUCAGGGCUUACAUGUUUGAAGUGUUUUGUUUUGUGUUAGCAUGGGUAAAAACUUACUUUCAAGAAGUUUAAUUUCAUCACUUCAGAGAAUGACUGAAAGUUGAUAGAUCUUUCUUGUCAAUACAAAAGUCUUAGGAUCCAUGGUAGAGGUCAGACUUAACCUCCUUUUGCCAUGUAAUUAAAUUUAGCAUCACAUUUACUAUGUCCGGGCAGGCUGUGCUCUACAUAGCCAUGUAUCUGAUGAGGUGGAACUCUGUUCAUCAGCAUGAUAUGCAGAAGCUUUGAACGAGUUAAUAACUGGAGUUGCUUUGUAUCGAGAUGGAAAUGACUAAGCAUACCGCAUUCCUGAAGUGUUACUUAUUUUGAUAUAAAAUCUGCUUGUUUGGUACUGCCCAUGUCUUUUAGGCAUCAGCAUGGUAGAGUUUUGUUCAGAAAAGCUUCAAGUUUGUUCUGGAGCUGAACAGAAUGAGAGUAGCUGAGAACUCUGGAAGGGGUCCUUGCUGCUGUGCUGGCUGUCCCCUCAUCCCUCCAGGACUGAGCUGGCAGCUUCCUUAGACUUCAGAAGACCAGAAGCUGUCUUUUAUUUGGCUACCAACACAAGAAGCUUGGUGACAAGGAGGUCUCUUGCAUGGCUUAGAACUGCAUGUCUCUCAUAAAAGAAGUGAAAGAUUGCUUCAGAACUGUGCAAGCUUGCCAAGUCAGUGAUUUGCUUGUUCUCAUGCUUUUUGUGCAGCAGGAUAAGGUCGUGCUAGCAGGUAGUCCUUGCAAAGCUAACACCCAGGGACUCUUGGACAUCGCUGGGUGCUUUGGAGUCUCAUGCCAGCUUGAUGUGUGCAGGACACAGGUGGACCUGAGCAAGGCUGGAGAUGGGGCAUUCGUAAGCACAUUGGCACUUACCAUGCACCCAGCAGAGCCAGUGGACAGUAGCUUCUCCCGCUCUGCUGUGCAGACUCUCUCCCGGAGCCACUGCCGCAACAUCAAACAUAAGAUCUCUCAGUGGGAGGGGAGGACACGAGAGUGCUCCAGCAAGGAGAAACAGCAGCUGAAGGACUUUGGAGUCAAGUAUGAUCCCAGCUGUGAUGCUCUACCCAAAGUGAAGUCAGAACAUGCAGAGAAGGGCAGAAAAACUGGGUCCAAAGAUCCAGAGAGCCUGAGUUUGGACUUCAGGGAAGAUGCACAGAGCUGUGUGCAGACUGAUGACUGUGGUGACCUCAAGCCCUGUGCAUACAGCCUAGCUUCCCAACCCAGGGAGAAGGGAGAGUGGCAAGCAGGCUUCCUGGACCCAGGGGUGACUCUUCCCCCAGGGAACUUAUAUACCUCACAAGCUCUGUGGAGGAGAGCAGAUCCCCUUCUGCGUGGCAAAGCCCCACCAGUUCCCUUGGACCUUCAAAGGAAGCGAGGGAGCUGUGGCUCCACAGAAAGAGAACUUAAAAUCAAAGGAGAGGACUCUCUCUGCAGGGCAGAGAGGAGCUUGAAAAACAUUUACUCUGAGGCUGAGGGGCAAGAGGAAGAGCCAGUUGCUGUCCCACCACCCAAGCCCCGUAGGACUUUCCACUAUAUUGCAGAAAAGGGUGCAAGCAGCUGUAGCAAUGCCAGAGCUACCAGGGAAGCUCCCCUUCAAAAGCAUCAUGAAGGAGACUUGGUGUCAUCCUCCAACAAUCCUGAGAAGAGAAUACUCAGCAGGAGGAUCAGAGGGAGAACCCAGAGGAAAUCUUUUGAGUUUGAGGACAUCCAGGGCUUCCGCAACCGGAUGGCAACCACCAACUGCCAGAGACUUCGCAAAGAGACAAAUGGCACUGCAGGAUCCAGGCUCGUCUACACACAGUCAGAAGACAACAUCUAUGAGGACAUUAUCUGUCCUGCAAAAGAGAACCCCUAUGAAGAUACUGGAGCGCUGCCCUUACCCCUAUGGAAGGUCCCAUCUGUCUGGAAGAUACCACCCCCCCGGAGCACCAGUAAGGCUCCCAAGCCUCUCCCGAAACCUCCCUUCCUCAGUUGCAAGGCUCUUGAGCUAAAGCCCUCCCAGACAAGUUUCCAAGGGAAAAUGGUGAAGGACACGACUCUGCCUGUCACACUGACUGACUGGAAGCUGUUUCGAGCAGUAGAGGCUGCUAGCAGGAGAAAGAACUUGCCCUGGCUGGUACUAAAAAUACAGGAGAUCUUUGAUUCUAAACGUGGAAAGAGGAGAGUGAAGCUGCUCAGUCCCACUGGGAGAGAAGUGCCUCCAAUGAAAGGUGAAACCAGUGGGAAUGAAAGUGAUACGGAAAAUCAGCCAAAAAGUCGACACAGGUGCCUGCUGCGGGUGCAGUCAGCCUCCAAGAGGAACCCCCACUACCAGACUUUGGAGAGGGAUUUGAUAGAACUUCAGGAGCAGCGGCUAUUUGAGCUGUUUGUGGUGGUGUCGCUGCACAAGAAGUCAUCUGAGAUGACAUACACACCGCAGAUCGUACAGCAGUUUCCCAGCAAGCCUCAACAUCACUUCAGACACUCAAAGGAUACUGAAGAGAGGCUAAAGGUCAUUCCCAAAUUCUGCUUUCCAGAUCCCAAAGACUGGUUUCCUACAUCAGACCUUAAAAGUGAAACAUUUUCUUUUGUGUUGACGGGUGAGGAUGGCAGCCGCUGGUUUGGAUACUGCAAGAAGCUCCUGCCAGAAGGGAAAGGGAAGCGCCUUCCUGAGGUAUACUGCAUCGUUAGCCGCCUGGGCUGCUUCAACCUCUUCUCCAAGAUUUUAGAUGAAGUGGAGAAGAGGCGAGAGAUGUCUCCAGCCCUCGUACACCCAUUUAUGCAUAGUGUAAUGGAGGCACCUUUCCCUGCUCCUGGACGCACGAUUACUGUGAGGAGCUUCCUGCCAGGAGCAGGAAAUGAGGUGAUGGAACUCUGCCGUCCACUGGAUUCUCGACUCGAACAUGUUGACUUCGAAUGCCUGUUUAAAUGCCUAAGUAUCUCUCACAUGAUUCGGGUCUUUGCCUCUCUCCUGCUGGAAAGGAGGGUGAUCUUUGUUGCUGACAGCUUAAGCACUCUGUCUAAAUGUGGCCACGCUGCAGUUGCAACGCUUUAUCCCUUCACUUGGCAACACACCUACAUACCAGUCCUACCAACUUCUAUGAUUGAUAUUGUGUGCUCUCCGACCCCAUUCUUAAUUGGCAUUCUCUCCUGCUCGUUACCACAGCUUCAGGACCUGCCCAUAGAAGAGGUUCUGAUUGUUGAUCUUUGUGCUGGCAAGUUCUUGCAAGAGGUAUCAGAUGAAGAUGAGAUCCUGCCUCAUAAACUCCAGGCUGCACUUGUACAAAUCUUGGAAGAACGAAGUGAAAUCUUGUCACAUGAGCAGAGUGACACACAAGGUGACAUACCUCUUAACUCCCUGGUCUCUGAGGCUUUUGUGCAGUUCUUUGUGGAGAUCGUUGGACACUACUCCCUGCACAUGAAUGUCACAGAAAAAGGAGAGUGGGUGUUUCAGCGAGAACUGUUCCGUAAAUCUCAUGUGUCACGCAAUGUGCGUCAUUUCUUGCACUUCUUCAUGGAAACGCAGAUGUUUGCAGGGUUCAUACAGGACCGAGAGCUAAGUAAGAACGUGGUGAAAGGUCUUUUUGAGGUCCGUGCCUUGGAGUAUUUGGAGAGUAAUCCAGCAAUGGAGCCAACUGGAAUGAACAAAAUCCUUCGCAGUCUUGGAAGUAAGAUGAAAUUUCUGCAGAAGAAAUGAAGGUGCGCCGGGGGGUGCCGUCGGCCCCGAGCUGUCCGGGAGGGCUGGGGUUGCGCGGACCCCGCGCGCCGCCGCCGUUAAUAACCAGCUCGUGGCUCCAA